AUGGCACUCGUAUCCACCUUAUCCUCCUCCCUCUCCUCAGCAGACAUCUCCCCCCUCCUGCAUACCUACUACGCCACCCUCCUAAUCGUCCUGGGCAUACUCCUCCGCCUGAUCACCAACCGCUACAAGCGCGGCCUCUCCAACAUCCCCGGCCCGACCCUCGCCAAGUACACCCGUCUGUGGAAGCUGUACGAUGUCUGGAAGGGCGAUUCCCACAAUACGUCCAUCCGGCUGCAUCGUCAGUACGGCAAUCUCGUCCGCAUUGGACCGAAGCAUAUCUCUGUCGGCGAUCCGAAGGCGGUGCCCAUCAUUUAUGGGCUAAAUAAGGGCUUUACCAAGACAGCCUUCUACCCCAUCCAGUGCAUCUCCUGGAACAAGAAACCCCAGAUGAACCUCUUCUCCACCCGCGACGAGGCCUUCCACCGCAGCCAGAAGAAGCCCGUCGCCAACGCGUACAGCAUGACCUCGCUCCUCGAGCUCGAGCCCGCCGUCGACUCGUGCACCGACAUCUUCCUCUCCCAGCUGCGCCGGUUCGCCGCCGACAAGAAGCCCGUCGACCUCGGCAUCUGGCUGCAGUACUACGCCUUCGACGUCGUCGGCGAGUUCUCCUUCGCCAAGAAGCUCGGCUUCCUCGAGCAGGGCACCGACGUCGACGGCAUGAUCAAGGCCAUCGAGGGCAUGCUCGUCUACGCCUCGCUCUGCGGCCAGAUCCCCGAGGCGCACCCGUUCCUCCUCGGCAACCCGCUCUUCCCCUACCUGCUCCCCAGCAUGGAGACGUGGAACCAGGUCCUGCAGUUCACCCUCAAGGCCGUCAACUCGCGCAACAAGUCUCUCCAGCGCGACGGCGAGCUGCAGACCAAGAAGAACGCCAACGGUGAGUUCGACGAGACCCAAAACGGCAAGGACAUGCUCUCGCGCUGGUCGACCAUCCACGAGCUCGAGCCCGACAAAAUGUCGACGCGCGACGUCAUCGUGCACCUCUCGACCAACGUCUUCGCCGGGUCCGACACCACCGCCAUCGCCAUGCGCGCCAUCUUCUACUUCCUCCUCCGCAACCCGGACAAGCUGGCCAAGGUGCGCGCCGAGCUCGACGCCGCCGACCGCGCCGGCAAGCUGGGCGAGUUCAUCGCCUACCGCGAGACGACGACGCAUCUGCCGUACCUGUGCGCGGUCAUCAAGGAGGCGAUGCGCCUGCACCCGUCCGUCGGCCUGAUCCUGGAGCGCCACGUGCCCAAGGGCGGCGCGACCAUCUGCGGGCAGCACAUCCCCGAGGGCACGGUCGUGGGCAUCAACGCGUGGGUGCUGCACCACGACCCGAGGGUCUACCCGGACCCGGACGCCUUCAUCCCCGAGCGCUGGCUCGAGUCGUCCCCGGAGAAGCUGAAGGAGAUGGAGCAGAGCUUCUUCGUCUUCGGCGCGGGGUCCCGCACCUGCAUCGGCAAGAACAUCUCGCUGAUGGAGAUGCACAAGAUCGUGCCGCAGCUGCUGCGCGAGUUUGACAUCCGCCUGCACGACCCCAAGAAGGAGUGGAAGACGCGGAAUGUCUGGUUUGUGCAGCAGGAGGGGUUGGUUGUGGAUUUGAUAGAUAACAAGUGGAUGAAAGACUGGAUUGAUAUAUACCCCGAAGAUGCAGAUUGUCAUGUGGGAGGUUUUCUGAUUCAACAGCUGAUUUGGAAUGGAAUCACAUCACAUCAUAAGCCGACUGUUGACCCGGAGUAG